UUUUUACGCGAGCGGGCGGUGCUGAUGCAGAGCAGAGCUUGAGCGCGUGAGGAGCGAGUCUGGGACUGCUUUUCCUACAGCAUCUGAGGUAUCGGAAACCCUCAAGUCUAAAAGUGCAGCAAUGGCGGCCUCUGGAGAUAUUCAUGUUAAGGAGCUGGACAAGCGUGCUUCUGGACAAGCAUUUGAGGUUAUUCUGAGCCCCUCAGCACCAGAAGCCAAAGGAGAUUUCCCUCUGUCCACCCCAAAAAAGAAGGAGGUGUCUUUGGAUGAGAUCCAAAAGAAACUCGAUGCAGCAGAGGAAAGACGUAAAAAUCAUGAGGCAGAGGUCCUGAAGCAUUUGGCUGAAAAGCGAGAGCAUGAAAAGGAGGUUCUCCAGAAAGCAAUGGAGGAAAACAACAACUUCAGCAAGAUGGCAGAGGAGAAACUCAACCAGAAAAUGGAAGCAAACAAAGAAAACCGUACAAAACAGAUGGCAGCACUGAAUGAGAAAUUUAAGGAGAAGGACAAGAAAAUUGAAGAAGUCCGAAAGAACAAAGAAACAAAAGAAGGAGGCGAGGCUGAUGAGAACUGAGGGCUUUCUUGUUCUUUUUUUGUGCUACCUGUUUUUAGGGAUUUUUUUUUUUUUUUUUACUUAUCCAAAGAUUUAUUUUUGCUCCAUUAAAUGGCCAGUAUUAUGUGUUUGUUUUUACACUUUUUAGCUAAAGGUUAGGAGAGAAGCAGGCACAUAAUUAUCUUUUUAUCUUCCCGUGCUAAGACCUACUUUAUAUCUCCAUCAUCUGUAGAGAUGUCUACUUGCAGCUUUUGGCCUGUUAAAUAAGCAGUCUUUUAUCCUAUCGGGAAGCAUGCCUGUGUUACACAUAGGUCUCCGGCUUUGUUUAUUGAAUUGUGCAAGUUGACCCGUACCUGUGUAUGUUGAAACUGCAGUCCUUUGAGCUUAAUAAAGUUGCACAUUUGCUUGUUAUGUUUUAGAGUUAAAACAGUUUUAGACAUGCCUUUUCUGUAGAUGUUCAUUUAUGAGCAAAUAAUAGCUGUCUGCUUGUCUGUGUAUCUCUCUUUCCAUCUGGUUAACAAGCACAUUCUUGCAUUUACCUUGGCAUCGGUAAACUAUUUAAUAUUGCUAGAGAAACACAGAUUCAUACUAACAUCGCACUGCAAACAAAAAUAUGCGCAUCGACAAUAUGACCUGCAUUUGUUAUUUAUAAACACACCUUAUAUAUAUUGGAUGUACAUGAUCUCUAAAGAGGGUAAACAAAAAAAAACCCACAUGUAAACAAUUCAGCAAUGUCAGGCAGUGAAAUCUAGUAUGUUUUGUAUGUUGUGCUGGCAGAGUAAGAAAACACGUGAACUGUCGCCAGAGGAACUGCACAUCUAAAAGGCUGUCAUUUUAUUUUAUUUUUUGCAUGUUACAGUUUUAUCAAAUACUUCUCAUCUGUUUUUCUGGUAAAGUACAAUAACGAGAACAUUCUCUAGUAAAUACUCAUUCUCCAGCCCAUAGCUAUAACUAUAGCCCACUGUCAGACGAGUCACAAGAUAUGACCUGUAUUUGAUAUUUACAAACUCACUUCUAUACAGGAUGUACUUUAUCUCUAAAGAGAAAGAGAAAAAAAAAGCAUUCACUUAAACAAACCAGUAAUGUCGGGCAGUAAGGUCUAGUCUGUUUUGUAUGUGCUGACACCUAGUGGUCAAUUUAAAGGCACUUUUUCAUUCUUGAAAUUUGUUCCUAAGAAGUUGCUAGAGAGGACGUGACCUGCACCCGAAAAAUCAACUGAAAAAGGAUUCUUGAUCUACUUAUACCCAUGCCAAGCAAAUCUGAGCUCAUGUGACUGUCUUGAUUAAAAUAAGUUUCCACAGUGUAAAUGCACUUUGAUUUUUUUUUUAAUACCAUGCAAUGAGAAUUUUUUACAAUUGUGUGUUUUUUUUUUUAACAAACUACUCCAAAAUCCAAAUUCCAACACAACUAUAAUCUUCACCUUGAAUCCCACGUUGUGACUACAAAAUUAUUAUAUAAUAUUGCAUUUAAUAAGGUUUUAGAUGACCACUUAGGCGUUUUUCGUCUAAGUAGGACAUUUUUUUCAACUUAGUAACGUAAAAAGACUUACUCCUUUUGCAAUUCAAUGUACUCCUUUCUAGCACUGUCCAUUUUCAGCAUGAAAAAUUAAACAUGAUUUUGUCUGUGCUUGAA